GAAAAACUGAUUGAAAACAGUAUGGCAAAAACGUAGUGUGAACCCAGCCUAAACUGAGCAUGGUAAAACCCAUUGAAAUGGGAGUGUGCAGAAAUGCAGAAUUCCUAGUGGAUAUUCCGUGUGGAUUCUACACAGUGUGAAUGGGGCAAUACUGUGGACAUUAGAUACAAGAAAAAUACUUAUUUUAAAUAAAAUGUUAUAUAAUAUAUAAUAUUUAAAAUUAGCUGGAAUGGAUUUAGGUGUGGUAAUUUGUUGCAAAAUCUGCCACAGUAGAAUUUCUUGAAGAAUUGUUAUGAAUUUAGACUUACCCAUUGGAAUUAAUGGGGACAGUUUGCAACGUUUCCCCCCCACAUAAGUUCACCGGCAGCUCAGGUUAGUUUUCAUUUGGAUUUUGUGCAGAUUUUUCGGCAGUGGCUAUGUUCUCACAAUGAUUUUUCAACCUGAUUUUCAUACGUUAUUGGGUUCACACAAAAAUGUUCACGCAUAUUUUGCUUUCGGCUUUGAUUUUGAGCCGUUUACAGGUCCAAAUAAGGCCCAAAAACAUAGCCUGUGGAUGAGAUUUCGUAAAAUCUUAUCCUCAUUGCAGCUGCUGUAAUACAUUGCAGAUUGUAUGCAAAUUCUCUGUGGAGAGUCAGUAUAUACAAAACAUGUAAACAUAGACUUGAAGCAACAUCUGUAAGCAUAUGUUCACACAGGGGAAUGUUCCGCAGUACUGUUGCUAGGAAGGCUCGAAAAUGCGUCCUCUCCAUAGACGGUAAUACAUUUGCGAGCGGGUUCUUCCGAAAGAAUUGACAUAGCAAUUCUUUCUACAGAGGCCGGAAUGCUUUGUCACCGUUCCAUUCAUUCUCUGUGUUCAGAAGUGCCAUGGACAGUCAAUGGAGCGAUGGACGGUCUGGUGCCGCUAAUCCAUUAAAGGAGAAGUCCCAUGACCGAUCAGUACAGAAAAACUUAUCCUCUAUCCGCAGGAUAGGGGACAAGUUUUAGAUUGCGGGGGUCCGAGCGCAGUGGCUCUGAGCAAUCUCCUGAACGGAGCCCUCUCUCCCACAGAGUGACGCAUUAUGACCCCUGCCCGAAGCGGGGGCUGCCACUCCCCCUCCAUAUAUCUAUCGGAGAGAGCUAUAGCUGAGCGGCCAGGGGUCCAUGCAGAUGAUAGCGGGGGGCCACAGCGCUCGGACCCCCUGCGAUCUUAAACUUGUCCUGCGGAUAGGGGAUAUAUUUUUGUGUACUGAUCAGGCAUAGAGAAGAAGAAAAUUCCCAUAGCAAACCUCUCCUGCUCUGGACAGUUCCUGACAUGGACAGAGGUGUCAGCAGAGAGCACUAUGAUCAGACAGAAAACAACUGCACAACUUCCUUUUGGAGCAUACAGCAACUGAUAAGUACUGGAAGGAUUAAGAUUUUUUAGUAGAAGUAAUUUACAAAUCUGUUAACUUUCUAGCACCAGUUGAUCUUAAUUUUUUUUUUCCACCGGAGUACCCCUUUAAUUCAGGAGUUGAUGAACCUCAGUUCUUGUGAUGGGUAGGGAUCCUGAUGGAUCAUCUAGUUAUUCCCUACUCUAAUGGUCAAACUGGUGCAAUGGGACCCCUUUAUUUUCCUGCCAAGUGAGGUCCCAUAGGUAGCACCUGCACCUCUUUUAUGACCUAUAUUUUGGAUUUGCAAUAAAAGUUUAGGAUUGGAACACCUCUGUAAAAUUAUAUUUAUGAUGUUGGUGUACCAGGAUUAAAAGUUAGAAAAUUCAUGAAGAAUAAAAGUGGAAAAGACAAAAUGCCCCUAGUCCUUCAGGGUUAACAUAGUCCGGAUGUUUAUUCAGAGCAGUCACCUGAAUGUGCUGGUGUGUCGUGUCAGUGUUUGGGGGUUGCUAGGUGUUCAGUUUACAAUUACUAAGGGAACACAAUAUGAGACAAGGGUUUCUUUAACUUGACAAUAUGCCCAUGUGAGGAAAAGGAAAAGUUUCUGGUUAGAAAGCUUAAUACCGUAUACAAUUACCAAACAAUCUCGCGGAUACCUAUAAUGUGAACCGAUGAGAAGGAAAUCCAAAGCUUGUGAUGCAAACAAGAGAAGCAAAUCCAUUUGUUUGGCAGAUAUCACCAUUUCACCGCAUUAAAAAUGAAACCAAACCCAAAGCUGUGAAUAAGAAGAAUGGGUCCUGAUGUUCCUUUACUAAAUGAUUACAAGCAAGAAUUCUUCUGGAAACGUUUUCCACAAACAGUUCUUGGCGGUCCGCGAUUCAAGUUGGGUUACAGUGCUCCUCCUUACAUAUACAUCAAUCAGGUGAUCUUGUUCCUGACACCAUGGGUCCUAGGCGGUGUGGGCACUGUUCUAUGCGAAGUCCAUAUCUUAGAAGACUACUAUGCUGCCAUAGUCUCGGCAGGACUGAUGCUCAUUUCCUCCUUUGUUAUUCAGCUUUUAAAUCAAUAUGCGCGCAGGAAGACAUCCACCAUAGAAAGGCUACAGAAUCAAAACACCCUCACAGAUGAAGACGACUUUGACUUUUCAGGCUGCCUGGGCUCAGAGACUGUGAAAUUCAUAAUAGUGGGCAAGAAGUUUAUUGCAAAUCUUAUAUUUCAUUCCAUCCUUGCCGGGGUUCUUUGUGGUCUUGGGACAUGGUAUUUGAUGCCGUAUAGGAUAGACUUGUUGUACGCAAAUACAGGAGGAACAGUUAUGAUUUUUGUUUUUGGUUGGGUUACAAUUUGCAUAGCAGAAUAUUCUUUAAUCGUCAAUUCAGCCACAGAAACAGCGACUUUUCAUGCACAAGACACUUAUGAAAUCACCCCACUUCUGAGACCUCUCUAUAUAUUUGCUUUUAUUGCUGUUGACCUUACAAACAGAUUUAUCACAACUAUACCAGCUUUACUUUUGGCCAACAAAGUCUUACAUGUUAUCUUUCUGUUUCUGCCCUUUCUUUGGGCUCUGGGCAUCCUACCACCUCUUGACGCACUUGUUCUUUGGGGAAUAGAGCAAAUACUGGAAUUUAUAUUAGGAGGGUCACCAAUGUCCAGUAAUUUAAGGUUGCUGGUCACAUUUUUAAUAUCACUCGGGAUCACCAUAUCAGCAUAUUUCAUUCCAAACUCCAUUGGUCUGGUUCUCUUCAUAGCUGGACUUGGAUUUAUUCUCAGUCUUAACUUAACAGAGAUUGGAAUUGUUCUCAAACAUCGCAUGAGGAAACAGUGGAAAUCCACAAAUAACUGUAAUACCUUCUGGAAGAUGACUUGGAAGGAACCUGUGGUGUACUGCAGCAUUCUUAUACUGGUUCUGCUGGAGUCCAGCUUGUUACAUCACUACUGUUAUUCCACCUUUUCCUUACAAAGUCCUCAGGCUAUUGUCGGAUAUUGUCUCAUUGUACUUUUAGCUUUUUUAUGGAUUCUCAAAGAAAUUCAAGGUGCUUAUAUAUUGGGGAUUGUACGAAAUCCCUUUUUCCAGAAUGAUAUCCGGAUGUUCAAUGUCUUCAUGAAGAAACAAAGCCGAUUACAGAAAGCCGCUCUUGUAAGGAGAAUUUUGCUCAUGCUGGUCUCUCCUUUCGCAAUGGUAGCUUACCUCUCUCUGGACACUUCACUGUAUAACCUGCACUCUGUGUCAGUCUGCAUUGGAUUCACAAGGGCCUACAGGAUGAUCUGGCAGAAUACAGAAAAUGCCAUGCUUGAGAUGGUUGUUGUAUCUAUUGUACAGUUGUUUGUGUUUAACACAAAUGUGUGGUGGAACGUCGGGCUGAAUACUGGCAUACGACUAAUUCUGGUUGCUGUAAUACGUGACCGGCUAUGCCAGUUAGUCUCUAAGCUGCAGUUUGCAUUGACUGUUCUGCUGACGUCCUGGACAGAGAAGAAGCAGAGGAGGAAAUCGACCAGCAGUCUGAUCACAGUGAACAUCAUCUUCUUCCCCGUGGUGCUGACCUUCAUCAUCCUCUCUGCUCUCCUCUCCUCACCUCUACUGGCACUUUUCACUUUGCCCGUCUUCCUGGUUGGAUUCCCGCGACCUAUCCGCAGUUGGCCAGGAGCUGUUGGAGCUGCAGCUUGUGUUUGUGCUGAUACAGUCUAUUACCAGCAAAUGGUUCCAGGUUUUGCUGGGGCACUGCAGUCUGCGUUUGCAUCAGGUAGUCUUGGUCUUGUUAACCCAGGAUCCCAUUUCCUUUGCCGCUUUCAGGACCGACUUAUAUGGCUGCUGAUUCUUGAAAGAGGGUACAGUUAUUGUUGUGUUAAUGUAAAGGGACUGGAGUUACAGGAGACCUCCUGCCAUACAGCUGAAGCUCGGAGAGUAGAUGAAGUAUUUGAAAUGGCAUUUGAACAAGCAGAAAAUUCUGGUCGACUGGUCCUGAAUAACCAUUUUGGGAAUGUCCUAACACCAUGUACUGUCGUCCCCGUUAGAGUUUAUUCUGAUGCCAGGAACGUUUUGUCCGGUAUAAUAGACUCUCAUGAGAACUUAAAACAAUUCAAAGAGGAUUUCAUUAAAGUUCUUCUAUGGGUGCUGAUACAGACAUGCUACAAGAAGUCAGGAGCACAGGAAAACACUGAUGAAGAACAGAAAGAGUCAGAUGUGACAGCCCUGCCUGAGAAACACCAGGGAUCUGCACAUCCAGCAGAAUAUAAUGAAUCAUCAAAGGGCAUAGAAAGCUACAAUGAUGACAUAGUCGACGAGUGGUCGGAUGAUGACAUAUUUGAAAUUCUUCCACAUCCAAAGAAAACUGGAGUCAAACCGUCUGUGGCUGCAUCUGCUGAUGGCUUCUCCAUCCCGGGCAGUGUGCACACAGUACAUGUUGACUCCUAUGUAGAGCAAGAUGUAGCAGUGGAUAAACUUUACUCAGUGGUGGGCUUUGGUCUUCCAGCUACUGACAAAGGAAAUGCAACUCAUGUCGAACGUUUCAAAAUGGUGGAAUUUAAUUCCUCGUACUCCAAGUUUCUUACCUUACCUCAGGACUGGAUUUUAGGUUCCUUAAUGGGUUUGAAAAUGAGCGAGAUGAAGCAAAUGUUCCCAGCAGACUGGUAUGAAUUUGUUUUGUCCCAGUUAGAUUUCCACCAUUUGAAUGGAAAACCUUCUGUUUUACUUGAAGAAGGAAUAAGAGACAGAUCGCUAAGAGACCAAUAUAUAAAAGGACUGACCUCUAUUUAUUUUGCUUUUUUUGGUAUGGAGAACUCUUCCCCCAGCUCAGCUUGGCUGUUUAGAGCCUAUUUGGGCGGUAUACCUUGGUCAGUAUCAUUAGACUGGCUAACUGGAAACCCAGAACUGUUUCAACUUGCACUCAAGGCGUUUAGGUAUACCUUUAAGCUCAUGGUUGAUAAAGCGAGUCUGGGACCCGUCGAAGAUUUCAAAGAACUGCUGAAUUAUCUGGAGGAGUAUGAUAACGAUUGGUACAUUGGUCUGGUGUCAGACUCGGAGUGGCAGCAGGCAAUUCUGCAAGAGAAAUCAUAUCUUUUUUCUUUGGGUCAUGAUCCAAACAUGGGCGUUUACACUGGCAGAGUGCUCACCCUACAAGAACAGCUGGUGCAGAUUGGAAAACUGAACUCAGAAGCUGUGCGAGGCCAAUGGGCCAAUCUCUCCUGGGAAUUGUUGUACGCCACCAACGAUGAUGAAGAACGCUACAGUAUCCAAGCCCACCCUGUGCUCCUACGUAACCUAACUGUGCAGGCAGCAGACCCACCUCUUGGAUACCCCAUUUAUUCCUCUGUACCUCUCCAUGUGCCUUUAUAUUAAUCCAUUUUUACCGUGUUUCUGCAUGUUCAGUGGAAAACACUAGUUUAUGACCUAGUAACACAAAUGUAGAUGCUGCUGUUGGAUUUUUGUAAAAAAAAAAUUGUUUUGUCAUUAUUAUUUUUUUAUUAAAGGGGUACUCCGCCCCUAGACAUCUCAGAUGUCAGAUGGCCGGGGUCCCGCUGCUGGGGACCCCCGGGAUCGCCGAUGCAGCACCCCGCUAUCAUUACUGCACAGAGCGAGUUCGCUCUGCGCAUAAUGACGGGCAAUACAGGGACCGGAGCAUCGUUACGUCACGGUUCCGCCCCUCGUGACGUCACAGCCCAGCCCCUCAAGACAAGUCUAUAGGAGGGGGCGUGGCGGUCGUCACGUCCCCUGCCAUAGACUUUCAUUAAGAGGGCAGGCUGUGAUGUCACGAGGGGGCGGAGCCAUGAUGUCACGCUGCUCCGUCCCCUGUAUCGCCUGUCAUUACGCACAGAGCGAACUCGCUCUGUGCACUAAUGAUAGUGCAGUGCCGCAGCGGGGAUCCCCAGCAGAGGGACCCCGGCCAUCUGACAUCUUAUCCCCUAUCCUUUGGAUAGGGGAUAAGAUGUCUAGGAGCGGAGUACCCCUUUAAGCUGCACGUACCAAUGUCAUCCCCACGUUACCUCUACAUCAUUGCAAUCACUUUGUUUUAUAUGUCAGAUAGUAAAUUUGACAGGCGACUUGAAAUAGGUUAUUGCUUCCUCUUGUAAAUACGUGUACACUUUACAAAAAUGUCUGACCAAAAUGUGUAUAAUGUAUAAUAUUUCUUUUAUAAAUUGUUCAUUUUGAUUGUAGUAAACCAGAGUUUGUUUACAUGG